AAAUCUCAUUAUUUUUUACAGGUCGGCGGAAGCGUUGGAAUUCGCGUAAUCGGUGGGAACGAAGUCGGCAUUUUUGUUUCGGCGGUGGCGGCCGAUUCACCGGCGGCUCUGCAUGGUGUUUGUUGUGGGGAUCGUAUCGUUGAAGUGAAUGGUCGAUCGAUGCGUGGUGUGACCCGAGAAUCGGCAGUUCAACUGCUUUUGGCUCUCGACGAUCACGUCUCAUUACGAUUGGAACACGCCAGACAGGACUUCGAGCAUGUCCGUAACAGUCAAUUGGGAGAUAAUUUUUACAUAAGGUCGCACUUCACGAAAGAGAAGAAAUCGAGUCCACUGGAGCUGUCGGUUAGCGAAGGUGACAUCUUCCAUGUCACCGACACACUCUUUGGCGGUACUGUCGGCCUUUGGCAAGCUUCCAGAGUCUACUCGGCCAAUGCCAACAAAGGUGAACCACCUAAGGGAGUGAUUCCGAACCAAGCAACGGCAGAGUCAUUAGCACGAGAGCAACGUCGGUUGGUGGAGACAAAAGGGCGAGGGGGAACUCUACUCCGGCGUAAAUUGGAAUCUCGUCGGACAAAAUCGUUGCCGAAGAAUGUGCUGGCCGAUCCGACUGAGCUGUCUUCGAGUGUUCCGCCGCCGGCUUAUGAGAGAGUGGCGCUUAACACGCCGAGCUUUCACAGGCCAGUGGUUCUCUUCGGACCAUUAGCAGACGUCGCCAGAUCAUAUCUACUGUCUCAAUUUCCGACUCGUUUCGCUGAGCCAUCACCAAGUGAUUACUGUGGCGGAGGAGGAACUGGUGGAGCUGGUGGUGUUAUCCGUCUAGCCGCUUUGGAUAGUGUGAUUGCAUCUGGAAAGCACUGUGUAUUGGACAUUAGCUUAGAGUCGGUGGAGCGACUCCAGCUUGCCCAAUACGCUCCGAUUGUGGUUUUGAUUGACGUUGACGGACGGUCACGGAUUCGAGAGAUUCGAAAGAAGUUGAAUGCACCACAUGCCUCAUCGAAAAAAUUGGCCGAACAAGCAACUCAAAUCAAGAAGCAUCAUGCUCAUCUGCUGUCUGCGACCGUAGACGCGACUAACGAGGAAGCAUGGUUUGAUGCCUUGCGAGAUUUGGUCAUUCACUUGCAGCAACGGCGGCUGUGGAUGCCGGAGUUCCCGCCGAAUUUGCCGUUGGAAGACGUGAGUUCAUUUAGCCAUGAAGCUGUUCCCUUGAAUGGAGUUUCGAGAUUGUGCCUAUCCCAGGUGUUGUUAUUCCCGUUGUCAUCGCGCGGUGCCAACUAUGAUUCGGAUAUGGAAUCGCUGAAAGGUGAUUACGCGGACUACUCAAUGCGUAGCAGAGACGAAAGUGUGACCAGGGGAGCUCCUCCACCACAGAUGGUCAGGUCCAUUUACGACUGGGACAACAGUCAAUCGAUGGGUGCUGCCGCGUCAUCAGUGGAUUCACCACACUUAAGUGAGCUGACCCGAAGUGCUCAAAUUGGUUGGGUGACGUUACCGCGUCGCGGCGCUGGCGGCGGUGGUGGUGUUGGUCACGGUGGCAGUUCUUCCGUAGAAGCACCUGUGAAACCGAAUCGCAAUCAAACGACCGCCGACGUCCGUGUCGCUGCCACUAACCCACUAGAAACGAAACGCGGCUCACUACCCACUAACCAUAUCGGUCUACGCACGUCCAGUAAUGGAUCACGCGACGAGCAACAGCAGCAGCAGCAGACGCCUGUCUCACCAGCCAAAUCGGCCAUAGAACCGACAUCGUCGCAGCUGACUAACGGGCAUGGUGUGUAUGUCAUACGUGUUGUUUUCUAA